AUGGCCAUUCCAGUCUGCCUUCUCUUUGCCGGUUCCACUUCAUUCAAUAAAAAUAUUUUGAAGUACCAAGGAGCGAAAAUUCAAGAAUUUGAAUCCGUUAAUUCCCAGCUUAGCCAUAUCGCACAGCUUCAGUCAAACCUCUCAGCCUGGAUUGCGGCGAUACAGGUUAAGAUGGAGAACUCCUUCCUGGAAUCAGAGACCUACUCUGCGACUGGGAGAUCCGACCGGUCUAUUGAGACAGCCUGGCAAGCCCAUGUUGAGGAGACGAAGACUCUAGCGAAUCAGCUAGCCGCAAAGGACACUGAAAUACAGACCAUUCAGGAUUUGGCGGAACAGAUCCAGUCGGUCGCGGUAAAGAAGACUGUGGGUGAUCUGCUCCAGCGUUAUCAGACCCUGCGGUCAUCCGUAAAGGAGUAUGUACAGGGUGUCUUCGUCGUCCAACGCCUCUUCGAGGAGUUCCGCAUGACAACUCAGGCAAUUGAUGACUGGAAUAGCAGAGUCAUGCUAAACCUGACACCUGGUCAGGCAAUCCGCCCGACGGAACGCAGCCCCACUGCCGCGGAAGCAGUGCCGCUCGUCAGUGCAAGAAGAGCUGACGACCUCCUCAUCCUGGUGGACUACGGUCUGGUUGAACGCCAGAAGACGCACAUGAAGGAGGCG